GUUUGCCCGCUGCAUACGGUUGUUAGACAUCCCUUGAAGUAUCCUAGAUAGAGGCGUGACCCUAACGCCACCUUACACGUUUGGGAUUCUAGCGCAUACCGGUAUGUAGCCAUGUCUUUUUCUUUCCGCCAAACUGUUCCAACAGCUCGGGCUAUCAAGGCGGAUAACAUUUUUGCGGGCAAGUCUACCUUACGAGCUGAUGAAAAGAAGAAAGAUGAAGGACAGCCUAAGAACAGCGCACUUCAAGAGUAUUUGGCAAAAAAGUAUGCCAGCGACAGUGGCCCAAAGGACGGUUCGGAAGCAGGGAAGCGUAAGAAGAAACGGAAAGCAGGGCAAGACGCUAGCGGCGCCAUUCGCAUCGUGGAUCAGGACUUGUCAGGCUUCGUAUCCUUGGACUCUAACGGCCGUGGGCCCUUGCCCAAGCGGCGGGCAAUAGCAGACGAUGAUGAGGAGGAAGAAGAGGCUCCCACGAUUGCUAAUCCCGAGGAGGCGGCGGCACUCAUGAAGCAGGUUGACAAGGCGAAGAGCGGUUCGGGGUGGGUCGCUGCAGAUGAGGCGGCACUGGCGGGACAGAGCAGGCGGCAUGACAGUCCCGACGCAUCUCCGCCGCGCCGCGGCAGGCGGGAUGACAGCCCGGAUGCCUCCCCUCCCAGGCGAGGGAAGAGGCAUGACAGCCCGGAUGCCUCCCCUCCCAGACGAGGGAAGAGGCAUGACAGCCCGGAUGCCUCCCCUCCCAGACGAGGGAAGAGGCAUGACAGCCCGGAUGCCUCCCCUCCCAGACGAGGGAAGAGGCAUGACAGCCCGGAUGCCUCCCCUCCCAGGCGAGGGAAGAGGCAUGACAGCCCGGAUGCCUCCCCUCCCAGGCGAGGGAAGAGGCAUGACAGCCCGGAUGCCUCCCCUCCCAGACGAGGGAAGAGGCAUGACAGCCCGGAUGCCUCCCCGCCUCGACGAGGGAAGAGGCAUGACAGCCCGGAUGCCUCCCCUCCCAGACGAGGGAAGAGGCAUGACAGCCCGGAUGCCUCCCCUCCCAGGCGCGGGAAGAGGCAUGACAGCCCGGAUGCCUCCCCUCCCAGACGAGGGAAGAGGCAUGACAGCCCGGAUGCUUCCCCGCCUCGACGAUCCAGGUCACCAGGCACUGGAACCAGACCCGGCGCAGGUGCAGGCAUGGGUCCAGGUCGACCCAUGGGUCCGCCGCGCCCGCCGGCUCGCAUGGGUGACGGCACGGCUGCGGGCUUGGUGAGUGCGACUCAACUGGCGGAAGACAUCAAGAAGCAGAAGGAGCAGGCGGAGGAGCGCAGGCGGAAUGCGGAGGGCCGGGGCGCCCAGACGGUCUACCGCGACAAGGCCACCGGGCGCGUUAUGACGGCUGAGGAGGCGCUCAAAGCCAAGGAGGACGAGCGCGCCGCCCGCAAGAAGCCCAGCAUCUACGACGAGGACCAGACGCUGGAGUGGCGGGGCGGGCUGGCGCAGAAGCGGCAGGCGGAGGAGCGCAGGCGGGAGCUGGAGGAGGAGGCCGCCAAGCCGUUCGCCCGCUCCGACAUCGACAGCCGUCACGACGCCGCGCUGCGUGAGCAGGUGCGCUUCGGCGACCCCUUCGCGCACCUGGCCCGCCGCAAGCAGGCGGGGGCGGAGGCGGAGGCGGUAGCGGCAAUCACGGAGCGAUACGAUGCGGAGAAGCUGGGCAAAUCAGGCUUUAAAAUACCCCAGGAGGUGCCGCCGCACAGCUGGCUGAAGCGCGGCGUGGCGGCCCCCGCCAACCGCUACAACAUCCGGCCGGGCCGUCACUGGGACGGAGUCAACCGCAGCAAUGGAUUCGAGGAAGAGCUGUUCAAGAGCCAGAGUGCUCGUGCGGCACGGGAGUUGGAAGCCCGGCUGUGGAGCAUGGGCGACAUGUGACCGGGUGCUCUGCAAACCGAGCAGCAUGCAGCACUGAACUACCGAGCAGCAUGUACGGCAGUUGGGUGCUAUGGGUUGCUGUGCAUGUCGGAGUUGUGCGUAGGAAGCAGUUGGCCUUUCCUUGUGCUGGCCGCCUGAAGAACUGUAGCUGGGUCAGCACAGAUGAACUUGCAUGUUGUACGGCAUGCUGGGCCACGCUUUAUCUGGGUCGCCAUAUCUAAUGUGCAAGUGACUGUGUACUGCCUCUUUUUCGAUGCUUUCCGUUAGGCCGUUGGUUGCCUGUUCUACUAGCUGCUUCCGUCCACCGAGAUGGGACGCACGCUUAGGGUUUGAACCUUGCCUGCGGAUUGACCUCUUCAGAGGGGCGCUUACAUGAACGACCGUCCGUACGCUUGCAUCUGGUACAUGCUGACUUUGUAAAGGCCAUGUGGCCUGGGUAACGGCCAUUUGCUGUAUGUUACCACCACUGCGACAAUAGCCC